AAUAUGGUCUAUGGUGUGAAGUAUGAUGAAUAUUUGUUACGUAGUAUAUUUCUGAGGAAUAUUACUUACUCUAUGCUGAAUAUUGAGUUUUGCCGACGUCAACAAAAAAGGCAGUGCCUAUGAAGUCGGCAGAUGAUAAUGAUAUAGAGGUUAAAAUUCAGGGAGAAGUAAUAGAAGAACUCGAACCGGAACCAGAAACUGAAAUAGUAGAUAGAGUAGAAGAGCAAUUAAAUACUGACAACAUGGAUGGUGAUAGCAAAAAAUCACAAUCAUACAGUAAUAGAAGAGUAAAACAUGGUUACAUAAAGUAUAUAAGUUUGGUUAUACUGACAGUACAGAAUGCUGCCCUUGGGCUUAGUAUGCGAUACGCCGAACCAGGCCAGUCGCAGAAAAUGUUUUUCUUCCAGCUGCAGAUACUGGUACUAACGAUUACUAUUUUAAUUUUAGCGGUGCUGAUGGCUGAAGUUUUUAAACUAGUCAUUUGUAUCUGUCUUGUAACACAAGAAUCAGGUGGAAUUAAACAGGGAAUGAGGUCUAUGUAUAACAUAGUCAUUUUAAACAUUAAAGAUACAUUGCGUGUUUGUGUGCCAUCAUUUCUGUAUAUUGUACAGAAUAACUUAUUGUAUGUAUCUGCAUCUAACUUAGACGCGGCUACUUAUCAGGUUACAUAUCAAUUAAAGUUACUUACAACUGCAUUUUUUGCUGUCCUUGUUUUAAAAAAGCAACUAAAGAAAUGGCAAUGGUGCGCACUGGCGUUGCUGGCGGCUGGUAUAGCUCUUGUCCAGCUGUCUUCAACAGAGAAAUCAACUUCAACAAAUACAUCAAAUAUGCCAGAACAGUCUAAGAUAUUAGGAUUCAGUGCCGCACUUGCUGCUUGUUUCUUGUCUGGGUUUGCUGGUAUUUACUUUGAAAAAGUCCUCAAGGAGUCUGAUGUAUCGGUGUGGAUGAGGAACGUCCAACUAAGUCUAUUGUCACUGCCCUUCGGUACUGCUACAUAUCUAAUCAAAGAAGGGACCUCAGAAUAUUUGUUAAAAGGCUUUGAUGGCUUCGUUUGGUACUUAAUAGUAUUACAGGCCGCGGGUGGAUUAAUAGUAGCUGUUGUUGUUAAAUAUGCUGAUAACAUAUUGAAGGGUUUCGCAACUUCCGUCGCAAUUAUUAUAUCUUGUGUAGCAUCAAUGUACAUAUUUGAUUUUGUUUUAACGUUACAGUUUGCUUUUGGCACAAUGAUGGUCAUAGGAUCUAUCUUCCUGUAUGGCUAUGUUCCUAAAAAGCCUGAACCGCGGAUUAUCUUUAAGU